UAAAUCACAAAAUAUAAUAAAUAUGUAUACAACUUUAUUUAUUGUUGUGCAUAUAAGACAUGGAUUACAAGAUAGCAAGAGGUGCUCUUGAAAAUUACCCCAUAUUUUCUGAACGAUUCAGAAUAUUGGGUGAACUUGGUCAAGGAGGCUUCGGUUCUGUUUUUAAGGUGGAAAGCAUUUUAGAGAAUAAAAUAUAUGCGAUUAAAUGUAUAUGUAUAGAUCAAAAGAAACAAGAAGUCGUUGGUAGGGAACUCUGUACUUUAGCUUCUUUAGAUCAUCCAAACAUUGUCAGAUAUUACGAUGCAUGGAACCGCGACCACGAAUACUUUAAAUCCGAAAGUGAUUCAGAAUCAAGCGAUGCUUCUGGAGGUCGUUUUAGCACUAAUGGAUGUAGCUUUUGUUCAUAUUCGCCUCCUUCAACGUUGCCCAAUAGACCGGUCAGGUCAGUAAGUGUGCAAAAUUUGUUUUCAUUUAUAAGAAUGGAAUUUUGUCAAAGUACAUUGAGAGAAGCCAUCGAAAAUAAUUUGCACUUAGAAGAUGUGACCGUCAGAAAACUGUUUAGAAAUAUAAUCGAUGGUUUGAAAUACAUUCACGAUAAAAAAAUCAUUCACCGGGACUUAAAACCAGAAAAUAUCUUGUUGCAGAAUGAUGUUGCCAAAAUAGGCGACUUUGGUUUAGCAACGACAACAGUCUGUCCGUGUAAAGAAGGGGCUGAUCAACAAUUAACAGAAAGGAGCUAUACGAAUGACAUUGGUUCUCCAUUAUACAGUGCUCCAGAAAUUCACUCAAAGUAUGAUGAAAAAAUUGACAUUUACAGUUUGGGAAUAAUAUUAUUUGAAAUGUGUUACCCUAAAAUGAACACAGCUAUGGAAAGACAUAAAACGUUAAUGAAACUGAGAAUGAAAGAAAUUAACUUUCCUAAUGAUUUGAUUGAUGACUGUAAAAAGACUUUAAUAAAGAAACUAUUGAACCACGAUCCUAGUAAACGACCCUCGUGUUCGAAUAUACUUUUAAAUAAUUCCUUUUUUUACAAGAACGAAAACAUUCUUCAAGAAGACUGCAAGCAAGACUUCAAGAAAUAUGUUGCUUUAAAUUUGUUUUUGGAGAAGCGGAUAGUUAAUUUUAAAAUUCACGAUAAGGUGGACUCAUUACAAUCUUAUAGUGACAUAGUUCUUCAUACCGUGGAUCACACCAAACGUAACAAACUAUAUUUAAUACAAAUUAAAUUAUAUUCUGAUCCAAGUUUCGAAGAAAAUAAUCUACUGUCUGAAAACGAAAUGAAGUUUAAAAUUAUUAUGAGUCAGUGUGAGGAUAAGGAAAUAUGUUUGAAUGAUUGGACAUUUUCAGUAGAUGAAAUUAACUAUAUUUUAAUUACAAACUGUAAUUUCAAACAAGACUAUCUGCAAGAGGUAUGUACUGAUUUUGAUGUGAUGGAUUUGCUUUACAAAGAUAAAAUUAAUUGUGUAAAAACUAAUGCAUUCCCUAAUAAUUUUAUUGUAUGUUUGAAUACAGAUAAAUAUUUGAAUGAGAUUAGAGAAUUUCUACAAAAUAAAAAAGAUAUCGAACGAAAAACAAUUGAUAUUAUCAAUAACAUUUUGUAUAAGCGUUUAGACAUUGAUAAAGGGUACAUAGCCAUGGAACAUCUGAAAAGUGUAUUAUUUAAGUUUAAUUUAGAAGUUGAUAUAUCUGUAAUACAAAAUACUAAUUUUCCACUUGUAUUUAAAACAAUUAAUUCAUUUAACUGUUCGGUUAUAAAAGAAAAUAAAAUAGCUGAAUUAUUAUGGUUAACAAUACUGAAGGAAAUAAAAACGAAAUACAAACUAAAAGACUUUUCCGAACAUGAACUAGGUAAAAAAAUAAGUAAGGAUGAUAUUGAAAAAUUGGUUGAAGCUAAAAUAAUAAAUUCAACAAGUGAUGAUUACUCCCAAGAACAAUUUUGUGUAAAUUUAUGGUUAAAAGGUGAAAUUCCAAUUAUUAUACAAUUAAAUAGUGAAGAAGACAUUCAUACAAUAUUAAGUGCACUCUAUAAUACAUUUAGUAAAAGAAGAAUAAUUAUAGUACAUGAAACUGAUUGCAUUUCUAAAUUAAGAGCGGAAUUCGAGGAUCUUUCCUUCUUUGAUAACAUUCAGUCACUGCCCGAAAAAUUAUUGAACGAAAAUAUAAAAUUCAUUAAACAGUUUUUUGAAACACAAUAUAAAAUAUCAAUUGAAGAACACUUACGUGAUAUAUCGACAGACGUAUAUGUGUCUUUAAUGCUAAAUUUGCAAAAUUUGAGUUAUAUAGCUCCCACCGCUGUCAGUUAUAAAGAUAGAAAUAUUUACAAACCUUUAUUAAAAAAUAAUGUGGUUUCUAAUAGAAGAGUGGAUGAAGUUACAUUAUUUAUUAUAUAUCAUUCAAAAAUUGGAAGAAAGUUUACUCAAAAAUAUGCAGCAUCUUUAUGGUUAAGUUUACAUGGAGCUGACUUUUCCCCAAUAAUAAUUAAGGGACCAAUAUUACAAACACAAAGAUUAUAUUUUGAAAAAGUGCACAAUAAAAUGCACAUUAAUAUACAUGUCUUGAAAUACGUCAAUGAAGAGUGUUAUCAGUGGUUGUACAGUUUCGGUGAUGUCAAUUUAUUAAGAAAGUAUAGAACUAAAAAUUCUGAUAAUGUAGUGAAGGACACCUGUAUAUUGGAGUAUUUUAAAAAUCCCGUAAACCUUUUAGUAGGUGUAGAAGGACUUGGCAAAAGUACACUCUUAAAAUAUUUAAAAAACAACCACAAUAAAUAUGUUAUAUAUUUAAAUCUAAAAGAAGACGUUUUAAAGGAAACAAAUAAUUUUUUGACUGAUGUAAUUUCAAUAGAAGUGGAUAAAAUGAUUUGCCUAGAUAAUCACAGUCAUAAUAUAUUAAAACCGUUUUUAAUAAAGGUUCUUAGGGCACAUAAAGAUCAAUUAAUUAUUAUGAUUGAUGGAAUAGAUGAAAUUGAAGACAGUCUUCAAAAGUAUAUAAUUGAAAAUAUUGAAGAGUAUAAACUUAAAACCUGGAUGACUUCAAAAUCGUUUCCAGUCCAGCUUAAGUUUUUUUCUAUAAUUCCCCUUUAUAUGGAAAAUCUGCGUGAAACUGAGAAAAUACAAUUAUUCAAAGAAGUUAUUUUCAAUUUAAACGGAUCAGAAUAUAUAAAAGAUCUUGAUCAAUAUACAAAAGUAAUUAAACAUUAUCCUUUUGUACCGUCUCAAAUAUAUAUAUUGGCAGAAGUUGUGGCUUAUAGUAAAAAUUUAGAGAAAAUAAAUGUCAUAGACAUAUUCGAAAGAUAUAUUGACAAAUACUUAAACAGGUUGAGUGGUGGUAUCAAGCUGAAUAGAUAUGGUUUAUCAUUGUUAUCCUUAAAAUUCUAUUUUCCGGAAUAUACUUUUGAAGAUAAAAAUUUCAUUACUUUCUUUAUUGAUCACUUACAGAGUUUGAAUUCAGUUAAUACAAUAGGCACAGUGAAUUAUAGAAACAAGUUUAUAUUUAGAAAUAUUCACAUAGCAGAAUAUCUAUGUGCAAACAUACUUGUAGAGAAACGUGACAAAAUAUUAAUUCAAAAAUUAUUUUCAUCCAAAUUUAAACAAAUUAAAUAUUAUUUUAACUUAAUUGCUGCAAAGGAAUGUAAAUUGCACACAGCAUUUUUAAUUGAAGACUACAAUGAAUUUUAUGAAUUCAUAGAUAUUGUUGAAAAAGAUUUAUUUGGAAGAACAAUUUGGCAUUUAAUUGCAGCUAGUGAUAAUGAGGUUUUUGUAAAGUAUCCACCAACUGCAUAUAAUACCUUCAGUGAAUUAGAUGUUUUUGGUAUGACUCCUGUAGAUUAUGCAGUUAAAUCAUAUAAUUUGAAAUUUUUAAACGAAUUUUGUAACAACAUAUACUUUAAUUUUCCUGUGUAUAAUUUGGAAUGUACGGAACUAUUGCUGUUAAAGUCCGUAAACGAAAAUUUGUUAAAUAUAACGGAAAAAUUAUUACAUCAAUCAAUUGUGCAAAAUAGUUUAAGAAGAAUUAAAGAACUAGUCAUAUCUAUCCUUACGAGUAUUAAUAAUUCCCAAGUAAAAACCAUUUUAGAUUUUGUAAAAAAGAAUUAUUCUUUCAUGAAAAUAAAUGUUAUACAUGAAGCUUGUAUUCACGAAAACUUUCAUGCGUUAGAAUAUUUUUUAGACAAUAAUUAUGACGUAGAUACUCGUAAUUCUAAAAAUGUAACUCCUUUGAUGUUAGCCACCAAAUUAUCGAAUUUCCAAAUUGUAGAAUUAUUGUUGAAAAGAGGUGCCGAUCCAAACACAUUUGACAUAAACGAACAAUUUGUAAUGCAUUACUGGUGCCAAGAAAACACAAUUUUUAGAAAUAAAAUGACAAAAAAACAUAUGAAGGUUUUUAAUAUCUUACAAAAGAAUAAAGCUAAUAUAAAUUGCUUGGACAAAGUUGGACGUACUCCUUUGUUGUAUUGCUUACAAAAAUGUAGACUCACAAUGGCUGAUGUACUUCUAAAUUUUAGAGCCUGUUGUAAUAUUCCAGACAUUCAUGGAAAGUAUCCUUUACACUAUGUAUGCAAUUUUGAAAGCAAUAUUUACGAACAGAGUAAUAAACUUAUACUAAAAAUUGCGAAAAAAAUAUAUAAGGUGUUUCCAGAAGUUGUUAAUUUCAAGGAUAAUGAUCAAAGAACUCCUGUAGAUUAUGCAGAAAGUAAGAAUUUUACAAAUAUUUUGUCUUUAUUUAGAUGUUGAUUAUGUAAGUAUUUUUUGUUAAAAAUUUACUAUAAUAAUUGAAUAAAUACUUUUUUCAA